UUCAAAUUUCUAUUUUACUUUUGCUUUCAAAAUGGAUGUCCUUUGGAGGAUGUGGAUUUUUCUAUUACUCAGAAAUUUUCACUGUGAUGCCGUGGUCCCAUGCAGUCCUAACUGUAUAGACAUGGAAUUCGAUGGGAAUGGAAUUUGCACCCGUGGGUGUAUCGAAGGAUACUGGGGAAAUAAAUGUCUAAAUGAAUGUCCAUCUUCUUGUUCCAGAAGAGUCUGCAAUCGAACUAACGGGCUGUGUUCCUCCUGUAAAGAGGGGUAUUAUGGACAGAGAUGCGAAAAAGAAUGUUAUUUGUUUAUUAGAUGCUAUAAACGAACAUGUGCGCAAGACAGUGGGUACUGUAGAAUGGGAUGUGUACCGGGUUAUUAUGGGAUUUUCUGUGACAACUCUUGUGGAAACUGCAGCAGUGAUACAUGUGACAAAUCAAAUGGACAUUGUGGGACCUGCAAUAAAGGAUUUUAUGGAGAAAAGUGCGACAUGAAAUGCAGUAACACUUGCUUUAAUCAGGAAUGUAGAAAAAUAAAUGGACACUGUAGUAAUGGCUGCUACAGGGGGUUUUAUGGUUCAUCCUGUGAAGCGCCAUGUAGUAGGAAUUGUGCAAAAAUUGAAUGCCUUCAAAGUGGAGUUUGUAUUGGCGGAUGUAAACCAAAUUGGUCAGGAGAAAAAUGCGACAGAUGUGAAUUCGGACACUACGGACCAGAUUGCUCCAAGCUAUGUAGUGUUAAUUGUAAAAGACGAACUUGUGACGAUGUAACUGGAUCCUGUACAUAUGGAUGUAUAAAUGGGUUCUAUUCAGAUAAAUGUGAAAAGAGUUGCAGUUUAUCAUGUCCGUCAACUUUUAAUAGAAACUCAGAGGAAUAUGAAGGCGAAUGUCCGGUUGGAAAAUAUGGAACAUAUUGCAAUAAAACUUGUAAAUAUAAUUGUAAAAUGGGAUGCAGUAAAUUCAGUGGAUUAUGCGAUUUUGGAUGUAUAACCGGGAAAUUUGGAGUUGAUUGUCUCCAAAACUGUGCUGAUGGGUGUUUAUCCGGUUGUCUUCAAGAAGAUGGUAGUUGCGCUUGUAAAUUAGGAUGGCAGGGUCAAAAAUGUGAUGAAUGCAGCCAAACUCAUUACGGACCUCAAUGUGAUCAGCUAUGUAGUCCAAUGUGUUUAAACAGAAUCUGUUUUUCAAACAACGGGUCGUGUAUGAGGGAAAUCCAAAGCAAUCUUACAGAUGACAAACCUUUUUCUGAAAUCAACGAGAAGUUAGAGAACUGUUCAACAGCUCUCUAUGAAGUUAUUGCAACGCUCUUCAUAAGUAUUAUUGUCAAUAUUGUUCUUAUUUUGAGGACUAUCAGGCAAAAUUUUUCUCACAAAGAAAAGCAGGAAACCAGACGACAAAAUUCAAUACGAUAUGCUAACACAGCUAUGUAUGCCGAAGUGGAAGUUAACGCGGGUUAUCCAGAAGUUGGACAAUUGAGUCAACCUUCUCAUUAUGAUGAACUCAAGUGA